AUGCCUAACUCUACCAUAGUGACUGAAUUUUUGCUUACAAGAUUUUCUGAUGUGUGGGAGCUCAGAGUCUUGCACGCCAUGCUGUUUCUACUGACUUACCUGGCAACACUGCUGGGAAACCUUCUCCUUGUCACAAUAACCACCCUUGACCAGAGUUUUCACACUCCCAUGUAUCUCUUCCUUAGGAAUCUGUCUGUCUUGGACAUGUGCUACAUUUCUGUCAUUGUACCCAAAGCAUGUGCCAUAUUCCUACUUGAAAACAGGGUAAUCUCCAAGACUGGAUGUGCAGCUCAGAUCUUCUUUGUAUUAAUGUUUGCUUCCAUAGAACUGCUCUUACUUACCAUUAUGGCCCUUGACCGCUAUGUGGCUAUUUGCCAACCCCUUCACUAUCCUUUGGUCAUGAACCAUAAGGUCUGUGUCCAGAUGUCUCUGGCCUGCCUAGUCAGUGGUCUGGCCUACUCAGGACUCCAUACAAGUCUCACAUUCCAACUCUCCUUCUGUCAGUCCAACAUAGUCCAUCAAUUUUUCUGUGACAUACCUUCUCUUCUACAGCUCUCCUGCUCUGACAUCUUCACCAAUGAGAUUACAGUUUUUGUCUCUGCAACCAUAUAUUCAGGUGGCUGUUUUUUCUUCAUCAUCUUGUCUUACAUUCACAUAUUUUCCACUGUGCUCAAGUUUCCUAUCAGAGGAGAACGAGGAAAGGUUUUUUCUACCUGUGUUCCACAUAUUCUUGUGGUGACAGUAUUUCUCAGCUCAGGUGCUGCUGUAUAUAUGAAGCCAACUUCCAACUCACCCACAAUUCAGGACAUGGUCAGUUCUGUAUUCUACUCUGUAGUCCCUCCCUUCCUAAAUCCUAUUAUCUACAGUUUUCGGAACAAGCAGAUAAAGGGAGCUGUAAGAAGAAUUAUGGGUAGAAUGCUCUAUUCAAGAAAAUGA